GGCAUUAUGGGGCGUUACAGACCCACGUGCAACAGGGAGCAGGGCUGGGCUAUGGGUGAUGUGAGGUCAGAGCCCACGGGGCCGGCUGGCCCAUGGCUCGCCUCUGCCCUCGUGGAGGGACGGCUGUUUUGGACGGAUGUGUUAUGAGUGCAGUGCUGCUAUUCUCGCUCUAGCAGUGUUAAUUUUAGCUUUCAGAUGAAUGUCUGGGGUUGUCAGAAGGCUGCGGGGUCCGGGUGGUGCUUCUGGGAGCCAGCCCUCAGGCUGCUGUGUGCUGCCUGUACAGAGGGCAGAGGGUCAGCAGGCAUCUGUGUUCAUUAGGCAUACGGGUAUGUUGGUGAGAUAGCAGCACUCAGUAACCUUAAGGAAGAAAAACACCAGCUUGUUUCUGUGGUGCUUUUGUCUGUGGUGCAAUAGCAGGUGUUAAUGAAACAAAGUGGGACCUGUGCUCGCACACCAUACAGCUGGCAUUCACUGUGAGGACUUUUCUGCGUGCUCCCACUCCAGGUCUGUUCAGCUCCUUAAUGACUCUUCAGAAUCACUCGCUCUGUCUUUGAGAACUGAGGGCUCUUUACAUUCUUCCUCAGAAAAGAAAUGCUAUUUUAUCAGUGUUAGCAGUGAAAUCAGCACAAGAACACUUGAAAUUACAUUGUCAAAGUUUCUAAGUACCAUAAUUAUUGAAGGUGUUGAGAUAAAGCCUGAAAUACCUCAAAGACAUUAACAUUUAGUGUUCGUGGGAAACCCUGAUUUAAAACAAAAAAGGCUUUUUUUUUUUGGCAUGUCUAUAUUGUUGUGCAUGCUGUUCCCAAUGACACUGGCAUAUAUUGUAAAGAUGUAAAGGGACAGAGCAAUAAACUGCAGAGGGAACCCAGACAGCACGGGGUACAAACACGUGGUUUAAGUAGAGGGCUGCUCUGGCAGCUCUUAUAAGCACUGAAAUACCUACUGUAGAGCUUUAAGCAACACUCCGGUGUUGUUCUUUUCUUUUUUUAAGACACGUCUGAGACUGAUUUAUUACCACAAAUUGUUGCUUUACAUCUUCAGACCAAUCUCUGCGUAAAAUAUUGCAGAACUCUGCAAAUAGUUGAAUCAUUGUCAAGCUCGAUUGUUAAACAAAUUAAAGAGGGAACUUCUGUCUGCGGUGCUGAACUGUAUUGUGUUUAAGGUCUCACAUAAAAUUUCUGGCAUCCAUUUUUAUUUAUAUAUUAUAAAAAUUCAGUCACAGCCAGAACUUAAUGCAGAGCUGCUGCUGACCUGUUUAAUGGAGGGAUACGGUGGCGUCCAACUGGAGUCAGACCUCCCGGUACUGAAUUGCAGCGACUGCCAUAUGGGUGUUAUGCCUGCACAAAGAGAUACUUUAGAUGAGUACUUUGAGUAUGAAGCUGAGGAGUUCCUGGUCUCCUUGGCCUUGCUGAUCACCGAGGGUCGGACGCCUGAACACUCGAUAAAGGGCAGAACAGAGGGCUUUCAUUGUCCUCCAGCACAGUCAAGUCAGCCACCAACAACUAAGCAUGAAUGCAGUGACAAGCUGGCUCAGUGUCGUCAAGCCAGGAGAACCAGAUCUGAGGUUAUGCUACUGUGGAAAAACAAUAUUCCAAUCAUGGUUGAAGUGAUGUUACUUCCAGACUGUUGCUAUAGUGAUGAAGGGCCUAACACGGAGGGGAAUGAUUUAAAUGAUCCUGCAAUCAAACAAGAUGCAUUGUUGUUAGAAAGGUGGAUUUUGGAACCAGUUCCUCGACAAAGCGGAGAUCGAUUCAUUGAAGAGAAGACUCUUUUAUUGGCUGUUCGCUCUUUUGUUUUCUUCUCCCAGCUGAGCGCGUGGCUGAGUGUUUCACACGGUGCUGUUCCCCGUAACAUUCUGUACAGGGUGAGUGCUGCAGAUGUGGACCUGCAAUGGACAUUCUCCCAGACGCCAACAGAGCACGUCUUUCCUGUUCCUAAUGUUUCUCACAAUGUGGCCUUGAAAGUCAGUGUUCAGUCCUUACCCAGACAAUCGAAUUACCCAGUUUUGACCUGUAGUAUUCACACCAACCUUAGCUAUUAUGAAAAGCAAAUGAAAGAGCGUAAGUUAUAUCAGCACAGUGAAUCCAGCACAGCAGAGUUUUGCAGUACCUUCAGUCCACAGUGCAUCCGUGGGAAACAAGCGUGGACCAUGAUACCUGAAGGCCUACUUAAUGUAAAAAAGACACCUGAAUUUACUUCAUCUCUCAGAAAUUUAAAGCUUUAUCCAUCUACUGGUCUUGGAUCUGAUUUUGCAGCAUCACAGUCUAAAGUUCAGUGCUAUAAUGCUGCAGCCGACAGUAAGACACAAGCUCAUGAAACAGCUGUUAGAACUUUUAAAUCACUUUCGUUGGUUGAUUCCCGUGUUUCGAAUGGUCAUUGCUCUCAUCAGUCCACAGGAGAAACCAAUCCUUUGAUAGGCUCCUUACUUCAGGAGCGACAAGAAGUCAUUGCAAGAAUUGCUCAACACUUGAUUCACUGUGAUCCAGCUACUUCCUCAGUUGUUGCUGGACGCCCCUUCAACAUGCAUGAAACCAGCACAGCUACACCAAAAGCAUUUCGGAGUACUUAUGAAGAUGAAAGCUUGCUGAGGAAAGGCAGGGAAACCUCACCUGUUCCUGCUGUCAAUUCAGAUAAUGCAAAGGAAGAAGAUGUUGGUGAAGGCAAAACUAGAGCAAUACCAGAAAUCCCACGGCUCGAUCCCCGUGCUCCAGUGAACCACUGUGGCCGUCCAUCUGCAGGAGAAGGCAACCCUCUCAUUGACUCUCUGCUCCAGGAGCGGCGGGAUGUUAUAGCAAGGAUUGCCCAGCACUUAAUUCGUUGUGAUCCAGCUACUUCUCAUGUCAAUGGUCGUCCAUUCAAUGUACACGAGCCUAGCCCAGUUUCUUCAAAAGUUUUCCGAAGUACGUAUGAGGAUGAAAAUUUGCUGAAGAGAGUCAAGCAACCAUCUUCUGUUUCUUUUGCUAAAUCCUGUUUUUCUUUGCCAGAAGACAGCAGUAAAUCAAAGUUGAAAACGCCUGAUACUCCUAGCAGUCCUCGGCUUGAUGGUGAAUCAAAGGCUUCUCUGAAACUUCAAGCGAGAAGAAGAUUGGUGUUAGCAAAACCUAGUGAUGCUGUCCAAAAUGCUUUUCAUCAGAUUUCAAAUAAGACUUCUCAUUCAUUUACAAACAUGCACACAUCGUCAUCGUGUGUUAAAGAAAAUAAAUCUGAACUGCCGGAUAAAUUGGAAAUGAUGCAGUCUGAUUGUAUGCAGAAAGACCAGACAGCCAAUAGAAUUAAACAGUGUUCAAAUUUUAGCAGCACUGAUGAACAGAUUUGCACAAAUAAACUGAAAGAAAGAACAGUUGUCAGUGAGACCAACAACAACACAGGCACUUUGAACAAUUUGCAGAUAGAUAAAUGCAGAAUACUUGAAGGUACAAAAAAAGCAACUGUGAUGCAGGCAUCUGACUCUUUGCACAAGAAUGAACUCAAAUGUUCAGACAGAGACUCAAAAAAACAAAGUAUUUAUGAGCAGAAUACCCAGCUUAUUAGUAUUGAGAAUUAUUUAAAUAAAGACCACGACAACUUCAAAAAUAAAAAUAGACAAGAUAAAAUAAAAGCUGCACAUGAUGAGAAUGAGGAGCCAGUAGGCCUUGAUUUCCAAAGCACUUCUCAGAAGAAGCCUACAGAUGAUGGCUCUAUUAGGUGUGAGCGGCUGAAGAACCCAGACGUGCAGAAAGCACCAUCUCUAAAACACACAAAUAUAUGGCGGAAACACAAUUUUCGGUCCUUGGAUGGAACUUCAACCAAGGCUUUUCAUCCCCGAACUGGAUUGCCUCUGCUUUCAAGUCCUGUUCCUCAGAGGAAAACACAAUCUGGGUGCUUUGAUCUGGAUUCGUCACUGCUGCAGCUGAAAUGUUUGUCAGCAAGAAGCCCACAACGAUGUAUAAACAGAGAGAGUGAUCCAGAGAGCCAUGGGAAACCAUUUCUAAGUUCUAGUGCUCCACCAGUAACAAGUCUUAGCCUUCUGGGAAACUUUGAGGAGUCUGUCUUGAACUUUCGCUUGGACCCACUAGGCAUCGUCGAGGGCUUCACAGCAGAAGUGGGAGCAAGUGGAAUCUUCUGUCCCACUCACAUGACUCUGCCAGUUGAAGUCUCAUUCUACAGCGUUUCAGAUGAUAAUGCGCCUUCUCCUUACAUGGGUGUAAUUACUUUAGAGUCCCUUGGUAAAAGGGGUUAUCGGGUACCGCCUUCAGGAACGAUACAAGUGACCUUAUUUAACCCUAACAAAACUGUGGUGAAGAUGUUUGUGGUGAUCUAUGACUUAAGAGAGAUGCCAGCUAAUCAUCAGACAUUCCUACGGCAAAGAACUUUCUCUGUUCCUGUCAGACGAGAAGUCAAGCGGACUGUCAAUAAAGAAAACAGCCAACAGACCGAAGAAAGGCUGCUACGCUACCUCAUCCAUCUGAGGUUCCAGAGUUCUAAAUCUGGAAAGAUCUACCUCCACCGAGACGUCAGGCUCCUGUUCUCUCGGAAGUCCAUGGAAGUCGAUAGCGGCGCUGCAUAUGAACUCAAAUCUUACACUGAAUCUCCAACCAAUCCUCAGUUCUCCCCGCGAUGUUAGCAGACAAUGGCAAACUGCAGUAUUGGUUUUACUGUUGAUUACUUAGUGCAAGAGCAAAUUGGUAAAGCUGUAUAAAAUUAAAUCUGUAAAGGAAUGAGAAUAGCGCUCGAGAGAGAAGGUUCUUGUGUGAUCCCGGACCAGUUUUGUAACAGGUUUCUGGAACGAGCUCUGUGUAUUCCAUGUAGACUGGAAACGUGCUUCUAAUCUUUUUGUACUGUUUAAAACCACUUCAUUGGAUGUGUUGCAAUAGCAAUUUCCUAAGUUAGUUUAGUGUUUACACUUUUUAUUUUAUUUUUCAGUUAUUUAAUAUUUAAUGUUUCAUUUAAUACUCAAGUGAUGUUUGUCUUUAGUGUUCUAAUGUAGCAUAAAUCCUAUGUAAAAUCAUACUAUGUAUUUUUGGCAUUAAUAUUGAAUCUGAAAUAUAUACAGAUGUCUUUAAUCUGUGUGAUGUUUUAAGUGGUAUUCAUUUAAGUUAUUGAAAUGGGGACAAUGGCUGAAUUUCCAUAACAUUUCAUACUAUGCAAGCAUUCAGCUUUCUUUUCUCUCUGUAACAGUGCCCUUCUUUCUUUUCCCUCUCAUACAGAUUUAAUAACACUUGCAACCAUAGUGUGGAACAUUCAUUUACUUCCCCUUGCAUUCAGAUCUUUGAUUCAAUUCAUUUUUAGCUCCCUCCAUUUCUUCCUUUCUAAAAGAGCCACUUUGGUUUCGCUGUCUGUUGGUGUCUCAUAUAAUUCCCACCUUCCACACUUGAUUUCUCAGAUUGUGCUGAAGGAUGUACUGUGCGAACAAACUAAUUAGCAUUUAUAUCUGAAAUAUAUGCAAAAGCUAUGGAACAUGUACUUUGUUUUAUUUUUAGAUGAGGAGGAUCUUCAUGUAAUCCUGAAUAUUUUUAAUAGGUCAAUUCCAUGUAGGCCACUAGGUGGCUAUCUGAAGUUUUACUAGAGAUGCUAUGUUGGGCAUAGAAAUGCUUUCCAAUACAUGUAUUCCUAAAGCAAAUCACAGUCAGAUGAACAGUUUAUGCUGAGUGUUAAACUGUGUAACUGAGAGAAAUAAAGCUAGAAGCAUUUGAUUAUA